GGAUAUGCUUUUUAAAGACAUGAUAAGCAGUGUUUGGGGAUGCGAGAAACCCUUGAAACAAGAACCAUGAAACUGUACGUCAUCUUCUUCCUGGCAGUGGUGAACAGAGGGACCUCUAACAAUCAACCCACAGAGGGGAUGUCCUGUGAAAUGGCAAACUCGCAGGCAUUUUGCCACAACAAAGACCUCCACCAAGUCCCUCGUGAGCUCCAACCAAAUGUAAACAAAAUAGAUCUGUCUGGAAAUCUGAUUCAAAGCAUCCCUGAAAUGCCAUUAUCAUUUUACAUUUCCCUCCGGUGCCUGGAUUUAAGCUCCAACCAGAUAAGCUUCAUCACACCUGGAGUCUUUGCACACAUGACGAGUUUGCUGGAAAUAAAUUUAGCCAACAAUCGCUUAUAUGAGUUUGCUCAGAACGGGACAGAGGGGAUUGGACUUUUACCCAAGGUGGAAAUACUGGACUUGUCCCACAACAGUCUGUACAACGGGAUGGCUGAGUAUUUCAUUAAACAAGCUCCAGCACUGCGGUAUCUUUCCUUGGCAGACAACAGUAUUAUAAUGAUAUCACACAAGAUGUUUCAGGGAUCUCCCAAUCUUGUGGAGAUAGAUCUUCAGAGUAAUAUCAUCAUGGAAAUAGAAGAAGGUGCUUUUGAGACUCUAGUGAACCUUUCCAAACUCAAUCUCUCCAUGAAUUCAAUAACUUGCAUCUCUGAUUUCAACCUCAGGCAGCUGGAGAUACUUGACCUUAGCAGGAAUAGCAUUGAGACCUUCCACACCGCCAAGUCAGAUGACGAAUAUAGCCUAAGACGUUUGGAUCUGAGUGAAAACAAACUGCUUCACUUCCCAGUCUUCCCCCAGGUAAAUAAGCUGGUAACUCUGAAUUUAUCAAAGAAUUUAAUCCAGCUCACUGCUGAAUCCCCUCAUAAUAAAAUGGACUACAUGGAAAACGAAUGGCUAGAUGCUUCUUUUCAUCUUCUUGAUCAGAAGCAAAGUAGAAACAAAAGUUCUCUUUAUCUAUCCCAGCUUGUAUAUUUAGACUUAAGUUUUAAUGAAAUCAAAUCCAUUCCGGAUGAGUUCUUUGAAUCAAUGUUGUCCCUUCACACCCUUAAUCUCAGUAAAAACUGUCUUCAGGCAUUUACAGUAACUUAUGACAGUGCAUUGAUCUCCCUAACUGUCCUCGACUUGAGCUACAAUGCUCUGCAGAACCUUCUCCUAGAUGCUCACACGUUGACAGAUUUGAAGGAGCUCUAUAUUCAAAACAACCAUCUUCAGACCCUGCAAUUUGAUAUCUUCUCAAGUCUUCCCAGCCUCAGACUGCUUAAUCUACAGAGCAAUAAUAUCAGCCUUUGCAGCAUGUACUCAGGAUUAGCUAAGCAAAGGCUUGCUGGAGAGGAAAGUGGCUGUGUAUCAUUUGUUGAUUCUCCUUCUCUUCAGUACUUGUACAUAGCUGACAACAUGCUGAACAUCCUACCAGCAUACACUUUCUACAAGACUUCUCUGAUUGUCUUGGAUCUCUCCAUGAACCCCGGACUGAAAAUAGAAGUUAAAGCACUAUCAGGACUGGAAAAGUCUCUGGAAUAUUUGUAUUUACAUGGCAAUAGCCUGAUAGAUUUAAAUAUUGACUUGCCUUGUUUUAGUCACCUUAAACAUUUAAACCUCUCUGAAAAUCAGCUGAACUGGCUGCCUAAGUGGAGUAGUGACUCUCCGCUGGAAGUUCUGGACCUACGGAACAAUAGGUUUAGUACAUUACAGAACAGCAAUAUUUUAGCAUUAGAAAAUUCCCUUAAAAACUUGUACCUCACUGGGAACCCACUCAACUGCUGUGGAAACAUCUGGCUUUCAGCAAUGAUCCAGAACAAAAAUGUCCAGAUCCCCAACGUGGAGCACUUAACGUGCCAGUACACUCAGAACUUCGGGUACCAGGAAGAAAAGCACAUCGGGAACAUUAGACCAGAAGACUGUGAAAAAGAGGAUCUGAAGAAAAUCAACUUCCUUAUUAUAUUAACAUUUGUGUUGGUUUUAUCCGUGAUCAUCGUUGGCGUGUGUUCAUUUUUUUGCUUCCGCAGGCAAAACUUUAGCCAUCAGUUUAAAGCAUAGGAACACAAAAUGCCUUGAAAACCUAAGAAAUCAGGUGCUACACUGCCGGUGUGUAGAAAUGAAGGGUAAAAUUCUCAUCUUUGAUUUUUAACUGUGGAUUUUAAGAUGGUUUCAAAGUGCACCUGAACUGCACCACUGUAGCGCUCUGGGUUACAGGACUGAAAGGAGAAUUUGCAGUAUUUUACACUUGCUUCAUUCACAAGCAGAUCUGCUUAAAAAGUU